AUGAGUGGGAAAACAUUUCGAACUAAACAUAGAUCCUCAUCCACUGCAUUAAUAUCUCUUCACUUCAACAAAGCUGAUGAAGAUCAGUUAGAAAUUAGUUACGGGGAAAAAAGUGACUCAGAAGGUGCAGGAGCUGGAAAAAAUGAUUCUCUGCUUAUAACUGAAAAAGGAAAUAAUGAAUCGUCAAGUAAUGGAGAUUUCGAUGAAACCUUUGAAGAUUUCAACAUUUCUGCCGAUGCUGGCGAACCCACGAAAAUUAAAUCAGAAAGUAGAGAAUCUACUCCAGUUCGUGAUUCGGUGGUGAAAGAAUAUUGGUCUCGAAUCAGCAGAAGAGCAGGAAGUUUAGAUUCUGAUAUGGGGUAUGACCGAAAUCAAGAUUCUAGUGAAGGUUGGAUGUUUUUUAAGGACAUAAAAGGAAAAAUUAGUAAAACAUUGGAAGAAAGGAAGAGUAAAGAUACUGGAGCAAAGCCCACAUCUGUGUUUGAGAAAGCUUCCGUUAUCAAGGAGAAAGACGGAGACGAAGCCGAUGCUGAUGUCACUCCGACUGAUUCGGACAGUAAGAGUGAUUUUGAAAAAUAUUUAAAGCUGAGUCCUGCUGUUGAAGCUGCUGAAAUCAUCAAUGAAAAUAAUAUGUUUGAAAGUUAUGUGAAUGAUGAAUUAGAAAAAGCAAAAUGUGAAAUUAUCCCUGGGAAGAAAAAACCCUCUCCUUCACGAAAAAGUGUUCCUCACAGCAUGACCUUAUCCUCUCUUAUUGCUAACAGAUCAGCAAGUAUUGAAGAUGAUGAAUCGAUUGCUAAUUUAAAAGAUGCCAGUAUUACCUCAUCCUAUGUAAAAAAAGAAGAAAAUGCUCAUAAAACUAAAAACUUGAUGAAUAAUGAAAACAUGUUGCACAAAUUAAUUCAAGUUGUGAGACAAUAUUAUUGUUAUCUGAAAUCCUCUUGGAACAAUUUUUUAUUUCGUUUAUUAACUGCGGUGUUUGUUUUCAUCCUAGCACCUAUUCCUUCUUGGCUUUGUGGAUUUUUGAUUGGCUCCCUAUUAUCAGGUGCUGUUAUGUAUUGGUUAUUUAAACCUGGAACACCAAAAAAGCCAUUCUGCCUACCAAAUUAUAAUCAGAUGCCAGAGAUUAAUAUACCUGUAUCAGAAGAACCCAUCAUCUAUAAAGGUUGGAUGAAUGAAUUGCCUACUGAUAUGAAUUACAACCCAGACACUUAUCACGUUAAUUGUACUCGGUCAUUAUAUGUGCGGUUAGAUGGUUCAUAUUUGAGGGUAUCAUAUCCACAUAGCAACAUUCCCAAAAGAGCAAUGUUUAACGAAACCCGUCAUGAAAGGCAGUUUAUUAGCCAACAACAUUUUGAUAUAACUGAUGCUUCUGUUGAAUUGUUGCCUAAAGGUCUAGCUAGAAAAAGACUUUGGAGUAAGAAAUACCCUAUAUGUCUUAGAAUACCAAAUUCCAAACAAGCAGUUUUAUCAAAUUUUGCAAAAGAAGCAGAUGAAAGCUCGGUGGCCAAAUCGGCAGGCCGGAAAGAGUCGCCUAUUAAAAGAUGCAUUCCUAGAAUCAACGAAAACAAUGAAGUAGUGUUAUAUUUAUUUUCCCGAACAGACAGAGAUAAGGAUUUAUGGUACUAUCGGUUCAAAAAAGCAUCAAAAGUGAAAAUGCUGAAAUCACAUUCACCAUCCUCAUCCCCUAACAUUGCUGCAAUUGACAGUUCCUCACUUGAAAAUAAAAGAACGAUAUCUGUUGACUUAGCUUCACUGCAGCUGUGCUCCAGCUACAAUAAUGAUGAUGCUUCUGAUACAUAUGAUGAAAUAGACAGUUUUGUAGAUGUGUCCAUGACGAAACAACAGAAGUUUGAGCUUUAUAUGUCACAUUUACUUGCGCCAUUACAUUUAGAUUCUUUUUCAACUUCAUUGAAAGAUAAGAGAGACCUUGACAAAAUUUCCAAAACCAGCUCUGCAGCUCAAAACAAUCUUGCAUGGUUAAAUGUUCUCAUUGGUCGAGUUUUUUACGAUUUUCUUACAGAAGAUAUGUGGGCCCAACUAGUCGCUGAAAGAAUCCAAAGAAAGCUUAGUAAAAUCAAGCUGCCAGUUUUUCUAACAGAACUUAUUGUUAAGAAUAUAAAUCUUGGUACAGCCUUACCUAAAAUUCACCGCGCUUCUGAACCUACAACUGAUCAAAGAGGAUUGUGGAUUGACAUAGAUCUAUCUUAUAACGGAUCAUUCCAAAUGACGUUAGAAACGAAAUUAAAUCUUUUGAGGUAUAAAAAAGCAACAGAAGAACUUUCCUUAUCAGAUGUACUUAAAGGAAAUGAGAGCGCUAAUCCGCUAAGGUCUCCAGUGUACAAUAACAGUGAUGAAGAAGAUAGUGCUGAGUCAUCAAGUGAUGAAGAUAUUCCAAUACCAGAAAUUGAAAAUUGA